AUGUCAAUUCGUGAAUAUCGUACAAAGAAAAACAAUUGUAUUAAUGUUUUAUUUACUUCAAAUGAAAAUAAUACUCAUCAUAAAUUAUCAUCAAAUGAUUCAUUGAAACCGAAACACAAUGAACGUGAUCAAUGGAAAGGAAAAAUUGAUUUUCUUAUAUCAUGUAUGGGUUUUUCAAUUGGUUUAGGUAAUGUAUGGAGAUUUCCAUAUUUAUGUUAUAAAAAUGGCGGCGGUGCUUUCCUCAUCCCGUAUUUCGUCAGUGUAUUCUUAGCUGGCAUACCAUUAUUUUUAUUAGAAGUAACUGUUGGACAAUUAACACGUCGUGGAGUGAUUGCUGCAUGGAAUAUAUGCCCACUUUUUCAAGGUAUCGGAUAUGCAUGUACAUUGAUUAAUUUCUUUCUCAAUUGCUACUACACUGUCAUAUUGGCAUGGGCAUUUCAUUUUAUAUUCUCAUCAUUUACAAGUGAAUUACCAUGGACUAAAUGUAAUCAAUCAUGGAAUACACCAGCAUGUCGUGUUUUCACUAAUCAACCAAUCACAAUCAAUUCUAAUCAUCUAAAUGAAACCAGUAUGCAGAUUAAUAAUAAUAAUAAUCAAAGCUUACUGACAGUAGAUGCAACUACAGAAUAUUGGGAACAUCGUGUAUUACGUAUUUCGGACGGGAUACAUAAUAUUGGAACAAUACAAUGGGAUUUAGCUUUGUGUCUUCUAUUAACUUGGGUUGUUAUCUAUUUAUGCAUUUGGAAAGGGAUUAAAACAUCAGCAAAAAUUAUGUAUGUGACUGCUCUUUCACCUUAUCUAUUCAUCAUUGUUCUAUUAAUACGUACUGCUUUACUUGAUGGUGCCGCAAAUGGAUUAAUUCACUAUUUGAAACCUGAUUGGUCGAAAUUAACCGAUAUGACAGUAUGGUCUGAUGCAGGAACACAAAUCUUUUUCAGUUAUAGUCUUGGUUUAGGUGUUUCAACAGCAUUUGGAAGUUAUAAUAAAAUUCAGCAUAAUUCAUUGAGAGAUUGUUGUCUAUUUGCUUUGGCUAAUACAUGUACAAGUCUGUUGUCUGGUUGUGUCAUAUUUUCUACACUUGGUUAUAUGUCUUAUAUAUCGAAUAUACCAUUGAAUCAAAUCGCAGAAUCUGGUCCAGGUCUUGGGUUUGUUGUUUAUCCGAAAGCAAUUGGUACUAUGCCAGGUAGUUCAUUCUGGUCUGUAUGUUUCUUUCUUAUGAUUAUCCUAUUGGGUAUUGAUAGUAUGUUUGCUGGAGUUGAAGGUUUUAUAUCGGCGGCCGGUGAUUAUUUUCCAAAUGCAUUGGCUAAUAAAUGGAUUCGUUGUCUAUUUGUCGGUUCUGUAUGUAUUGCUUCAUAUUUAGUUGGUCUAUCAAUGGUUACCAAUGGUGGAAUGUAUAUAUUUCAAUUAUUCGACUAUUAUAGUGGAAGUCGUAUUAUAUUAAUUAUUGGAUUUUUAGAAUCACUAGUGAUUGGCUAUAUUUAUGGUUAUAAACGAAUAUCAAAAAAUAUGCAAUUUAUGUAUGGCUAUUCAUUAAAAUGGAUUGUAUUUGCAUUUUGGUGUGUGACAACACCAUUGUUUUCACUUAUUCUUUUCAUUAUCAGUGUUAUAGUCUAUGAAGAAUUAACUUAUAAACGUGCUUCACUUGAACAACCUUAUCAAUUUCCAAAAUGGGCUGUAAAACUUGGUUGGCUUUUAGCUAGUUCUAGUAUAUUUCUUAUACCAAUUGUAAUGAUUGUAAAAAUUCUAAGAACAUCUGGAACAUUUCUGCAGAGGAUUAAAAAACUAUGUAUUCCUACCAUUGAGAAUAUCGAUGAACAUACAAUGACUGCAGAAUCAAAUGAAAUUGUUGGUCAAACGCGAGUUAUCGAUUCAUGAAAUAAUGAAAUUUAGCAUUUUUCCAUCAUCCUAGUCCUUAACACACUUAACAAAUGUCUCAGGAUGAAAUGUGGCAAUAAAAAUUAAUAACUUUUCACAAAUAUUUUAAUGAACUUCAAUUUUUUUUCUAAG